AUGUCCUGCACACGUAAAAAGGACCUAACCUAUCUCCUAUUUUUCAUCACUCAUAUCCCAAUCAUCCUCCUAAUCGACACAGUCCCCCUCCAACCAACAAUCCUCCAAACAAACCUCUCCCAUCAACUCCGCAACUUCUACAUAUCAACUUACCGUGACAAAUUCUUCGAAAAUCCCCCAACAUGGUUCACCGUCUUCAUCUGGAUGGAGCUGCUGUACCACCUCCCGCUCUCAAUAUGGGCGGUUAGGGGGUUGCUUAAAGAUCACCCCCUCGUCCCAGUUCACCUCCUCGUCUUCGGUAUCCAGGCAUUCAUCACCACGCUCACCUCGUUGGUGGUUGUGUGGAGUUGGACAGACCGCUCGGUCGCAGAGAAGCAGCAACUGACCAUGCUAUAUGCUCCCUAUAUGGCAUUAGGCGGGUUCAUGGCUCUAGACAUGGUCUUCCGACUACGCGAUAAAUUAAUGCCCAAGAGCAAGCGUGAGUAA